GUGGUGCUUGCGCGCGUGAGCGGAGCCGGUGGGUGAAAGCGGCGGCCGCAGCGGACCGGGGCCGUGUGUCUGUGUGCCUGGGCGCCCUCGGGAACGGCCAUUAUCAUGGACCUGCGACAGUUUCUUAUGUGCCUGUCCCUCUGCACAGCCUUUGCCUCAAGCAAGCCCACAGAAAAGAAAGACCGGGUGCACCAUGAGCCUCAGCUCAGUGAGAAGGUUCACAAUGAUGCCGAGAGUUUUGACUAUGAUCAUGAUGCCUUCUUGGGUGCUGAAGAAGCAAAGACCUUUGAUCAGCUGACACCAGAAGAAAGCAAGGAAAGACUUGGAAUGAUUGUAGAUAAAAUAGACGCGGAUAAAGAUGGGUUUGUGACGGAGGGGGAGCUGAAAUCCUGGAUUAAGCACGCCCAGAAGAAAUACAUAUAUGACAAUGUUGAAAACCAGUGGCAGGAGUUUGAUAUGAAUCAAGACGGAUUAAUCUCCUGGGAUGAGUACAGAAACGUGACUUAUGGCACUUACCUGGAUGAUCCAGAUCCUGAUGAUGGAUUUAACUAUAAACAAAUGAUGGUUAGAGAUGAGCGAAGGUUUAAAAUGGCAGAUAAGGAUGGAGACCUCAUUGCCACAAAAGAGGAGUUCACAGCUUUCCUGCACCCUGAGGAGUAUGACUACAUGAAAGAUAUAGUAGUGCAGGAAACCAUGGAAGAUAUAGAUAAGAAUGCUGAUGGCUUCAUUGAUCUAGAGGAAUAUAUUGGUGACAUGUACAGCCAUGAUGGAAAUGCUGAUGAGCCAGAAUGGGUAAAGACAGAGAGAGAACAGUUCGUUGAGUUUCGGGAUAAGAAUCGUGAUGGGAAGAUGGACAAGGAAGAAACCAAAGACUGGAUCCUCCCCUCAGACUAUGAUCAUGCCGAGGCAGAAGCCCGGCAUCUAGUCUAUGAAUCAGACCAGAAUAAGGAUGGCAAGCUUACCAAGGAGGAGAUUGUUGACAAGUAUGAUUUAUUUGUGGGCAGUCAGGCCACCGAUUUUGGUGAGGCCUUAGUACGACAUGAUGAAUUCUGAGCUGUAGUAGAGGAUCCCAUGUUUCUUCAAAAGUAAUUUAUUUUUACAGCUUCUGGUUUCACAUGAAAUUGUUUGCGCUACUGAGACUGUUAUUACAGACUUUUCUUAAGACACGAAAAGGCGUAACGAAAACCCAUCCCGUCCCAUUCCUUCUUCUGAGGGACUAUAGGGAAACUGGGCUUCUGAGAACAACUCUAAUUAGUACACUUGUGUUUGUAGGUUUGCUCUUUGUAUUAUAUAUUACAUGGUGUGUUUAUUUUUGUAUUUGUUCUCUGAUUGGGAGCAUGAUAUGAAGGAUCAAGAUCCUCAACUUAACACUUUUAAGGAAACACUAGCCCUUCACUCUCACCCCUUCCUGUAUUGCUUUUGUAAUUCUGACUUGACUAAUUUUUUAAGCCUGAGACCAAUAAGAACUGUUUAGGAGAGAGAAAAGGGAAAAAUAUACCCCACACUUUAUAAAUUUGGAGAGAUAAGACUAAUUUUGCUUCUUGACAAGUGUGUUUCAUAAGGAAUUGAGACCAUGUAUUUUAUUCAGUUGCUUCGGAUCCAGCAACUGAUUGUGGAAUUAUCUGGGCAGUGACAGAAUUCUAUUAAGUAAACCUGCUUCAAAUUGAUGUCACUCACUCUUUUGUGUUAUUCCUUCCAUGUAGGACUGACUAGCUAUUGCUAAUUUUGUCAAGCACAGCUGCAGUGGGAAGAGGUAGGGACAGUGACUUGAAAAUCAAUCAUGUUGUGAGUAUAAUCUCUUUACAGAGUUUAUUAUACAUAGAAACAGCUGGAAAGCUGAGGAAAAAUACAAGUGUUUUCAGGGCACACACACUUUUGGGCGUGUACAGUCUAUUGAAAUGCUCAAGUCUGUCUUGCCCAUUGAAUCAUCGUAAGUGCCUUGGCUCCUGUUUUCCCAGGAGUUUGGAGAACUUAUCCUGCUUCCACUGCAGUUAAAAUAUAUUCUUUCUAAUCAAGUCUUUGAAAGUGCCUUUAGCAAAAGAAAUGAUUGCUGAAUGAGGACACUUACAAAACUCGAAGAUAAAAUAAAGAUGAUUUAGAUCACCUUCCAUAGAGUUUAGACCUUCCCAGUGUCGUGGGGUAUAUUUUUCUUCCUUUUCUCUUUCAGGCAGUGGUAAAAUAGCAGUGUUAAUUAGGAGCUUGAUUGCAGUGUUCUUACCUUGUGGGUUGGUGUCAGAAAACCACGUGCUGCUGAAUUUACCGGGAAUCCUCAUACCUCAGAAUGCUAACCACUACCAGGCGUGGUUUUGUGUCGACUGGAGCACUUGAGUUCAGACUCAGAGAUGAGCGGGCUCUUUGGUUUUGAGGAUCAUGGCUCACCUUUCCUGCCUUUGAGCCAUCAUGCACUCUCCCCACUGCCAAAAAGUAUAUCAUGAAUCAACAGAUUUUCAGUUCUUACCAGACACGGCAGAGACACAGUAGAGUGAACAGAAGAAUACUCCCGCUGAUCCGAACUCCAUAUUACCCAUAUCUGACAUAGCAUAAACUGCCUAUUUUUGGUCCCCUUUCUUACAUAUGACUCUUUCCUAAGAAAAAAAAUUGUAUUCUAAGUGUUUAGCCCUCAGGUUAACUAAGAUAAGUGUAUGUAUAUCUAACCUUUGAUUCCAUAUAUAUUUCUAGUUAAUACAUUCAGGUGGUGCUGGGUGGUUAUUAUAAUAUAAACCUGGGUCUAUCCUUUGGUCUUCCACAACCUGCAGAGGUGGGCUACUCAACAUGGUUGAAAGCCAAUAUCAUGAAAACUUUACACCAGCUUUUUUCCUGAGCUCUGGAGAGUGGAUGUACUCUUUUGGGUUUAACGCCAGUCUGGACAGGGUAAUGGAGCAACUCGACCCUCCAGAAACCCCCUUGUUGUCGAUGCUCUUCAGAAGGCCAGAGAGAAUUAGUGCCACCAGCACAAUUGUGUGCUGUGUGGCAAGGGAGUUUUGCCACUUGGUAGAUGGUGCAGAGAAGCCGGGCCAUGAAGUCUCACGCUUAGGAAGCAGACCUCCGUCUUGUGAGAUGGCAGCUCUGGACGUGGGGUGCUCAGCAGCAAGUAUUGUACGCUCAUCUCUAGUGGUCCCCCUGGAUUUGGUGCUUGGGUCCAGUCGAGCCUGACGCUGGUGAACAGUAGCCGCACACCCACACAGUGUGUCUGUGAAAGCUUGCUCUCUUGAAUUUGGAUAUUAGUUAUUUUUUUAAUGGAGUGUAAACCAAGUUUUAUAUUCUAUAAUGCAAACAGGUUUCUAAAUAAAACUGUUUCUAAAAAAAAUCUAUUUCUGAAUAAAACUGUUUACAUUCAUUGUGA